AGGGAGAGACACACACAGAGUGUAACAGAGAGAAAGACACCGUGAGAUAGAAAGAGACGCACUCCGAGACGGAGCGAGAGAGAGAACGUACACAGGAGGAGACUGAGAGACAGUCACGGUGAUUGAUUGACAGGCUCCAAGGUCACUGAUUGAUUGAUUGAUUUUGAUUGACAGGCUCGACAUGUCCGCGGCCAGCGUGCUCCUCUGCCUCGGUCUCUUCUGCUCCCUCACGGUGAGCGUCCACUCUGCUUUUUUCGGGUGGUUCAUCCACAGAGAGACGGCAGAGAUGGCCUCUCCGGCCUCGUUCUCCGAGGCCUCGGAAGCAGCCGUCCCACAACCGCUCUUCGAGAUGACCACUGUGGACGACAAGUUUGUGGCCGAAGCCCAGCACCUGGACCUGUCUCCGCUUGACAGAUGCCAUCGCAAGGUCAUCGAGCAAUUGUCAACGACCUGCAGUGACCUUUCAGAAGAAGAGUUGGCCAAACUGGGGGUGUCCUUAUUCAACUGUCAAGCUGAAAUUGAACAACGCCCAACUUACCCAUGCACGCCAGAAAUGGCAUUAGCAGAUUGCACAGCAGGGAUGGAUCCUGACACCUGGAACGCGUACCACAUUGUCAGUAACCGAGCCCGCUCCGUGUGUUACGCCACAAGGCAGCAGGCCUUCAAGCGAAGGACCGAGAUGACGGUAAACGCGCUGGUGGCCACGGCUUCUGGGCAGCUGGAAGCCAUGAAGAUGCUGAAGGAUGGACAAGAGGAGCUACGGGAGCUGACCGCUGCCUCGCUGGAGAAUGUGGUGAGCAGCCAGCACAAGCUCUUGGACCAGCAGGGGCACCUCGAACAGGGCCAGCAACAGCUCGAGUCCUCCAUCACCGGCAACCUGGAGGAACUGACCCGAGAGAAGGAGUUAAUCGCAAGCGGCCACCAGCAGGUGGCGGCUCUGAUCGAGGGCAUCACUCUCAGAAUGGAGAAUGUGAGCAGACACUUAGCUUACCAGGACUCCGAGCUGCAGCAAGGACAUCAAGCAAUACUCAACGACCUCCUGGAGGUCCGCGCGCGAGCUCAGCAGGUCUAUGCCAAGUUGGAGUCGAACCUGGACUUGUUUACUGUGCAUCAGUCACAGAUGGUGGUUUAUUAUGAUCGACUGAUGGAGAAGCUGCAGAGAAUGAACCAGACGGUUGGAAUGGUCAUGUACAUGAUCGACCACCUGCACCUCGGGGUGGGCCAGAGGCUCAGCAAAAUCCAGCACUUCCUCGACUGGACGGGCAGCAAUCUCAGCGUGAUCUACACAUGUGUUGUGCAUGUCAGCUACUUCCUGGUUGCUGCUAUCAUCAUGGCCUUUCUGCAGACUCCAUGUUUCUCCCGUACGGUGCUACUGGUUCUGGUCCUAUUGAAUGCUCUGUCUGAACUGAACCAAUGCGUCUCUAUGGACGUCACUUGCCUCAGCCUGUUCCUGACCAUGACUGUGAUCAGUAACUGGAUAUUGGUAAACCUCUUCAGCUGCCUUACGACCGCCUGUCAGUUGAAAUCCCUCCCUACUUGUCCCUCUACUCCAGUCAUUGUGAAUCCCAACCCCUGCCUCUCUCCCAAGGCCAGGCUUCGCACCUCCACACCCGAGCGAGAUUCUGAGAUCUUCAGUUUAGAGGAAGAACUUGAGAAGCUAACAGGAACCGCUGGCUUGGGGAACACUGAGCUGAUCAGGAGCAACACACUGAUUGAGUCAUCCGGCCCAGCCUGGCCCACACAGCAUGGUGCAGCUCAUCUGUCAUCUGGCCCAGACCUGCCCGUGACUUGCAUGCCUGUCCUGAAAAACAAGCCACUAUUGGCCAACACCAUGCAAUGCACAACUGAGAGAAAUAUAUCUGGAGCUGAGAAUUCGCUGCGUCACCUGUCACAUGUAUUUGAAUCGGAAACGAACCUCAGUCAUUCUGUCACCAGCAACAUGUCCCUGACACCGAGGCAGCUGUGCCGCGGCAUCACCAAGAUCGGCCAGCCCUGCAGGAACCGCGCUGCCACGGGGCAGGACGUCUGCCGAAUCCACACCUCGGGACAGAGUUCGUACAGAUAAACUCACUGGACCGGCCGGGCAGCGGGGGGCUGGGCAGGGGGGCCAGGCUGACCCUCAGUCUCUGACUUCACGGAAGUCAGAACAGGAUUCUGUCUGGAGUUUCAGGGAGCGCAACAGCCAGGUCACACCAGGGUUUUGUCAACUUCAAAUCCAAUCUCGUAAGCUCAACCUUCACAGUCUUGAGUCGAUCGUGAGGUAGGGGUGUGGUGGGCGGGGGCUAUUGUCGGGAUCGGACGUACUCUCGGCUAUUUUAAGGAAGCAUCUCCUCCUCCUGACUGAGAGGGAUUGACAUUAAUAAACGGUUAGGACGGGACGUACUGGGUGGUUGACUGGAUGUCCUCUGCAUGUUUUGUUUUUUCUGGGGGAGGAGAUUUUGCAGACGGCUAAUUUGACACUGGUUGGAGGAAUGCACUCUUCUUGCUGUGACCUUUACACAUACAUCGCAGUCUCUUUUUGCCCUCAUGCAGUGCAAAAAUGCGUUGCGAUCCCAUGUUGCUCAAUGUACAAGCAGUCCAGUGUUACAAUUCUGCUUCCUGCUAUUUUAAUGUGUCCUUUUAACACUACCUAAUCGAGAAUAUUUUUAACUGUUGAAUAAAUAUUAUGGGUCU